AUGACUAGGCUGACAAUGUAUUCUGACCACACACCACUCAAAAACGCUGCCGAAGGCUCGAAAAAGAGGAGAAACAAUUCCCUAAAACCUGCUGCUCAACCGCACAGUAAUGAUUACACCGAACACUACGUUCAUACCUGCCUUCCGCCUCAAAAAUUUGUCAAGAACUCGGAAAAUCAAGUCGAAGGCUAUCCCAAUCUUCAGAAAUUGUUUCGUUUGAAAGAGAAGCACGUUGCCCGACAUGCAACCAAGCCAUAUGGUUGUAGAGUUAAUAUCGAUGAAAUGUGUUCUACUUUAAAUGGCUGGAUUUACAAACAUAAACUAGUAUUCGAUGUCGUGAUGAUAGGCUGUCUGACGGAUAAUCAGUUCAUAUACCCGUUGUUAACGUCUCUUCCGAUUGACAAACUAAUAUCUAAACCCGGAUUUUUAUUUAUCUGGGGAAGUGCUCAAAAAAUAAACGAACUAACCAAGCUUUUGCAAAACGACGGGUGGGCAAAGAAGUUUAGAAAGAGUGAGGAAUUAGUUUUCAUUCCUGUUGACAAAAGUUCUCCUUUCUAUCCCGGUCUCGACAACAAUGAUGAAGCACUUUUUGAAAAAAUGCAAUGGCACUGUUGGAUGUGUAUAACAGGAACGGUUCGGAGAGCUACUGAUGGCCACCUCAUACACUGUAACGUGGACACUGAUUUAAAUAUUGAAUCAGAAAAUUUACAGAACAGUGCUAUCCCUGCUCACCUCUACAAAAUAGCCGAGAAUUUUUCAACAGCUACAAGGAGGCUGCACAUCAUACCUGCAAGAACAGGAACAGAGACACCUGUUAGAGUCAGACCUGGAUGGGUGAUAAUGAGUCCUGACGUGAUUUUGAAUAACUUCGAUUCUGCGAAAUACCAAGAAGAAAUCAGUAAACUAGGAACUCACCUGCCUACGAGAAGUGAGAUUGAAGUUCUCAGGCCCAAGAGCCCUACUCAGAAGAAGGCUACAUGA